AGAAAACGAGGAUGUCAUAUCGCCUGGACAUAUCGCGUUCUGGAUGUACAAGCCAUAACCAUGUAUAAUUUUUAAAAAAUUUUGUUUCGUUAAUUAAAAUUAUUUUUUUACUCAUAUGUUGUGAAUGAAAUUGAUAACAGUCUUAUGAUAACAAUUCUUCAACCGGUCAGCACACCCACCCGAAAUGGAGGAAGUAUUUUACAAGCAACUUCUUUGCCCCAAAGGCGUCAUUUUGCCUAAAAAAUCAAUACGUUCGAAUAAGGCAAAGUAUUUGACGCUUACAUGGUUUGUUAAUAGAAUCUUGAAUGACUUUGACUCGAUCAGGCUUAUUAUGGCGAUAUCUAUUGCGAUCAAAACCAUAUCUGCCACCCUAAGAAAGAAGGCAAGUGCAGGAAUGGCAAUUUUGGAUUUCCAGAACAAUAGUCAAAAUCUAACUGAAAUAGAAAUCUCUAAUGAAAUUUUUUUGCAAAUGAUCCAAGACACUGGUGUGGUCUGGCAAGUUGGCUGUGCAACUAGGCUAGAACCUGAAACGUUUCAUGAAUACACAGAUGCUAAAUUCGUUGUGAACUUUUCCGCCCAAGAAGGUUCACAGGAGACAAACUGCAGUACUUCAUCAUUUGCAGUUUAUAGAAAAAUGGAAGAUCCCUCUGUCGCCAACCAUACUUUGCAGGCAGGUAAUAACAUUGUAUUUUCUGGAUAUGCUGUUUAUGGGUCUGGAACUGUUGUGUACCUCAGCCUUGAAGAAAACAGAGUAGAUGGGUUCCUUCUUGAUCCGGCAGUCAGUGAACUUGUUCUUAUCGAUGAAAACAUAAAAAUUCCAUACAGUAGUCCGCUGUACACCAUAAAUGAAGCAAUAUCUUUCUAUUAUUCACAGAAAAUACUGGACUGGUUAGAAGCCAAGAAAAAUCCUUCAGGUCAAAUAAGAGCUAAGAGUAGAUUUACUACAUCAAAAGUUGCUGAUGUUCAUCGUAUAUUGAAAAAUGGUGGAAUAUACUGUCAUCCAAUUAGUAAAUAUAUGAAUGUAACUAACCCACAUCGACUUGUAUACGAAUGUCAACCUCUGGCUCACCUAAUCACCCAAGCAGGUGGCUUAGCCACUGAUGGAAAAAACUGGUUGCUUGAUAUCAUUCCUCCAAGUUUACAUUGCAUGACUCCUUUCUAUGUGGGAUCUGCUUAUGAAAUAAUUUUUCUUUUAAGGUAUCUUAAUCAAGAUUUACUAAAAAAUCAAGGAGAAAUAAAUGAGGAUGAACUACUAAGACAAGAAGAACUGUUAAAACAGGGGGAACAAUUAGAACAGAAAGAACUUUCAAAACAAAGAGCAAGAGAUUAAUAAAAUGUUUCUAUUUAAAUAAUAAAAUAAAAUGACUGAAUACUUAUACACGAA